ACAAAUGACAACCGUUACUAUUUUUAAUAGAGUGGGUGUUGCGUUUUCAGGCGAGGUGGAAAAAGUUUUUAAGUCGGAAUGGUGGACAAAUUGGUCAACAGUGAGGCCAAUACGAGGCGGAUAGCUAUGGUAGAGAGCUGUUUUGGUAGUUCGGGACAGCCGCUGGGUGUUCCGGGCAGAGUGCUGGUGGGCGAGGGUGUCUUAACCAAAAUGUGUAGGAAAAAACCUAAAACAAGGCAGUUCUUCUUAUUCAACGAUAUCUUAGUGUAUGGGAAUAUCAUAAUUAACAAGAAAAAAUACAAUAAGCAACAUAUCAUUCCAUUAGAAGAAGUCAAAUUAGAAAGUUUAGAUGAUGAAAACCAGUACAAGAAUGGGUGGCUAAUCAAAACUGCGUCCAAAUCUUUUGCUGUGUAUGCAGCCACAGCGGUAGAAAAGGGAGAAUGGAUGGCUCAUAUAAAUAAAUGCAUUGAUGAUCUUCUUAGAAAAAGUGGGAAAAAAGCGGUAUCAGAACAUGCAGCUGUUUGGGUACCAGAUGGCGAAGCUUCAAUUUGUAUGCAUUGUAAGAAGACUCAGUUUACUCUAAUAAACAGAAGGCAUCAUUGUCGCAAGUGUGGGGCUGUGGUAUGUGGCCCUUGCUCAAACAAACGUUUCCUCCUUCCAAACCAGAGUUCGAAGCCUCUGAGAGUAUGUCUGCAUUGUUACGAGGUCCUAACCUCGGCAUCAACCAGGAACCACAAUUCCGUCGAACCCGGUCAGAAAGGUGUAAAUGCCGACUCCUCUGGGGAAGAAGACUCGGAUGAUGAUGAAGAGACUAACAAAGGGCAGCCUGAGGCUCACGAUUUGCCAAAGUUUUAUGGUGACAAUGAAAAGCCAGAAUGAUUGUCGCACUCAGACACAGCACUUCCAUUUAUCAUAAAGUAUGCCAGAAGGUAAAUAAAAUUAAGUAUUGAAAUAAUACCUAUUUUUAAUAUGAGCUCACUCUGUAGUUAUUAUGAACUUCUGUAGAUAAUUUUUAGAUAUAAAAGAUAUGUAGGUGUUAAGAACACACUUUUUAAUACUGAAAUAUUAGGGAAAGGAUAACUACUGUGGGGGUGAUCAAUAUUUAAUUGUCCGAUCAUUUUACGUUAACAGAGAUGUAUAUAUUAUUGUAUCAAGUUAUAUAUUUGUAUUUAUUAAACUAUUUUAUAUA